AUGUUUUGCUGUUUUCAACGUUCGACAACAUCAAACAUCGAUACCCUAAACCAUGAGAAACAAUCACUUUUACGAAGUGGUAUCAAGCCUCUUAGCUAUCAAACAAUAUUAACUAUUCCCUAUGCUCAUGUUAUUCGAGAUGAUAAAAUUUCAAUUGAAUCGUCAAAUAUAACCGAGCCAAAUGCUACCCAUACGUAUUGGCUAUUCAAUGGCAUGAUACCUAAUCAAGCAUAUGAAACACCAUGUUUCUCAUUCGAUGAUGUUGAUGUUCCAACUCCUGUUGUAUUCACAACAAAAACUACAAAUGGACAUUCUCUAUUUGAACGUCUUUUUCAAAUUAAUCCUGUCAAUGCAAUUAAUUCUUCUGCAGCAAUUCGCAAGCGUCAAAUUAAUCAGUCAAACUCAAUAACAUCAAAUACUAUUUCAAUGGCUCGACCAUUUGACGAAUUUCCUGCAGAUCCAUCAAUAUCGAAUAGUUCUCUUGAUGUACAAAGUAAUAGUAUUGUACCAAAAUCGGACAAAAAUUAA